AAAUGAUUUCAUCCAACUGUUUGCUUUUUCCCUUGAUGUUCAUAAAUCUCUUGGUUGAAUCCAGUUUUUGAAACUAUCAUCAGUUUCUUUGAAGAAAGGCCAUGGGGCACUGCUACUCAAAAUCUCUAAGAGUACAAAAUGAUCCUGGCAUACCAGAGGUCCCAACAAAUAAUAAUGAAGAGGGAAGGCAAAUGCCAGAAAAGGUCAAGAAGGAAUCAUCAGGAAGGAUCCAAUCCUUGAGAGCUAAAGUACUAUCCAGAGUUUUCUCUGAGGACUUUGAAAGAGUGCAAACAAAGAUACUGGAUCCUCGAGGAAAAAUCAUUCGCCAAUGGAGCAAGAUAUUCCUAGUAGCAUGCUUGGUUUCUUUGUUUGUGGACCCUUUAUUCUUUUACGUGCCAGCGGUUUCAGAUCUACUUUGCAUUGAAACUGAAUUAUCCCUCCAAGUAAUCCUUACUGUUAUCAGGUCAGUUGCUGACGUUUUCUACAUAAUUCAGAUUUUCAUACGGUUUAGGACAGCCUAUGUUGCUUCUCCUUCCCGGAUAUUUGGAAGAGGAGAGCUUGUUAUAGACUCUCGUAAAAUUGCCUGGAGAUACCUCCGCAGAGGAUUCUGUAUCGACUUCAUUGCUGCCCUGCCCCUUGCUCAGAUUCUCGUCUGGGUCAUCAUUCCCAAUCUUAAAGUUUCAGCAACAAAUGACACAAAAUACAUGCUAAGGUUCAUAAUCAUUUUUCAGUAUCUCACUAGACUCUUUCUUGUAUUUCCACUCACUACUCAAGUUGGAAAGGCCAUAGGUUUUGUGAUAGAAACAGCAUGGAUAGGUGCUGCUUACAACCUGGUUCUCUAUUUGUUGGCAGUCCAUGUUAUGGGAGCUUGCUGGUAUCUUCUUUCAAUGGAGAGGCUGGAAGCCUGCUGGAAAAGUGUUUGUGACCAGGAGUCACCACCUUGUCAGUAUAACUACUUCAAUUGCAACUGGCUCGGAGACUCUGGCAGAAUUUCCUGGUUUCUGUCAAGCAAUGUCACCAACAUUUGCAAUGCAAAUAAUGGCCUUUAUCCGUUUGGAAUAUAUUUUCCUGCUCUGAGUGCUAGUCUUCCAAGCACUCCCUUCUUUGACAAGUACUUUAGCUGCUAUUUCUGGGCUUUAAAGAAUUUCUGUACUCUGGGACAAAAUCUUUACACAAGCAUUAAUGUUGGGGAAAUAAUUUUUUCCAUCUAUUUUGGAUGCAUUGGGCUGUUUCUCUUUGCAUCACUCUUUGGGAAUAUGCAAAGAUACAUCUUGGCAACAACUAUUAGGUUAGAAGAAUGGAGGGUCAAGAGAACUGAUGCAGAAAAGUGGAUGCAUCGCAGACAGCUACCUAAUGAGUUAAGGCUGUCUGUAAGAAAAUAUGAUCAAUAUAACUGGGUAGCCACUGGAGGCGUUGAUGAAGAGGCUCUUCUCAAUAGUCUUCCCUUGGAAGUCCGGCGAGACAUCAAACACCACCUCUGUAUUGACCUUGUUCGUCGAGUACCAUUGUUUGAGCGAAUGGAUGAAAUAAUGUUAGAUGCUAUAUGCGAGAGGCUUAAACCAGCCCUGUGCACUGAGGGAACAUUCCUUGUCCGAAGAGGUGACACUGUCAAUGUUAUGCUCUUUGUAAUCAGGGGCUACCUCAAUUCCUACACCACCGAUGUAGACAGCACUUCAUACCUGAUUGGCCCUGGUAACUUCUGCGGUGAGGAACUUCUAACAUGGGCCUUGGAAACAAAUCCAAGCAUCAUCCUCCCUUCCUCCACUCGCAUGGUCAAGGCAAUAGUUGACGUAGAAGGGUUUGCACUAAGAGCAGAAGACUUAAAGUUUGUGGUAUCACAGUUCAGGAAGAAGCAUAGCAAGCAACUUAGGCACAACUUCAGGUUCCAUUCCCAACAAUGGAGAACAUGGGCUGCACUCUUUAUUCAGGUGGCCUGGCGCCGGUAUAAGAAACGAAAGGAAGCAGCAGAAGCUAGAGGCAAGGAGAACGUCAAAGCUGAUGAACAUGAACCAGCCUUACCAGGUUCAGGGUCAGCCUUGUAUGAAGCAAUAAUAGAAGCUAGCUCUAGGAGUGGUCUUAAUUUGAGUUUCAGGGCUGAGUCUGGUGGUGCCAGCGCAUUGCAGAAACCAGCUGAACCUGAUUUCUUUCUAGAUGACCAUGAACGUUGACAGCUAGAUAAUUGGCUAUUAUCAUGUUAAGUGCUAGCCCCUGUAUACUGUAAAUUAACUAUGGUUGGAUAAAUAUGUAUAAUACAUAGAAAUAUGUAAUAUCUAGAUUUAUAUAUGUUUCAUUCAGGGAGCCCAAAGGCAGUGGAAGAAGUAAAAGGAAGUGGCUGAGCUCAGAGCCAAGGAGAACCUGUGGCCGGUGAGGACUGAACUGGGUUUGCUAGGUGCUUGCUCGAGUUUGUAUACAACAAUAAUAGAAGCAAUGUCACGGUUAGGUGUUUUUCUGUAUGAGUUUCAAGUGUGAUUCUAGUCUUGGCAGUUCAUUGCAGAAAUCAGCAGAGCUUGAUCUUUUUGAAUAGAUGAUUAAUGGCUUGUUUAUGUAACAAUAACUAUUUGAACUGCCAAAUCUAUGUAACACAUGUAUGUACACAAGAUUUCUUGAAUAGAAAAAUGCACCCUCU